AUGCAUAAUAAUUUUAUUGUAAUUGAAGUAUGGGAUAAAAAGAUUUCUGGUCCAGCUGAUAAAAUCAUUGGCAUUGUUAAAAUAUCAUUAGAACAAUUUUAUACAUCAUUUAAAGAUAAGGGUGUGGGUGUGGAUCAGGGCUCCGGGUGGGAUGGGAUGGGACGAAAUGAUUCGUCCCGUCCCAUCGUAUGGGAUUUCCAAAACAAAAAUCUCCUCCCAUCCCAUCCCAUGGGUCCCAUGGGACGAAAAGAAUAUAAAAUGACUUUUAAAGACUUGAAUCGAUUUCCUUGA